AGCAACUGUCUUCAGAGUCUCUGGAUGAAAAGUUACUGGUCCCUUUGACCUAUCUCAGUGACAUUGGCUGUGGAAUCUCAGCAUCGGCUUGUUUCAUCACCAUCUUCUUAUACCUUUUCACCAGGAAGCUCUAUCACGAUUCCACCACAAAGAUCCACAUCAAUCUUCUGGGCGCCCUUUUCUUUCUCAACGUGUCAUUCUUGAUCAGCAAGACUUUGGUUGUCCAUCUGUGGUGGUGUAGGAUCCUGGCUGCCUUCCUUCACUACUCCUUGCUCUGCAGUUUGACCUGGAUGGCCAUCGAGGGCUUCCACCUCUACCUGCUGGUGAUCAAAGUCUACAACUCCUACAUAAGGCGUUAUCUGCUCAAGCUGUGUGCUGCGGGGUGGGGGUUCCCUGGAGUCAUCAUCCUGGCCAGCAUCCUUAGCAUGCAGAACGUUUAUGGUCAGCAGGACAUUCAAACCGGCUCUCAGACUCCCAUAUGCUGGAUCACCUCUUCCAUCUUGAAGCAUAUCACCAUUGUUUAUAUUGGUGGCACCGUGUUCUUCAACAUGGUUAUCUUAGUGAUGGUGGUGCAGAAGCUUAGACAGCUCAGAGCUCGCCCUCUUCAUCA